UUCAAUACAAAAUUUUUUCCACACACAUCAAAACUAGGUCAUAUAGAUGCAGGUUGUCAUGUUUUGCCCAAAACUUAACUUAAUCAAACUGAAUACAAUAUAAAUAUGAUACCAUUAAAAUUCUUCAGAGAUUUAAAGUAUAGCAGUGCUAGACAAAUAGUACCUGCAGAACUGUAGCUCUCUGAAAAAAUACAAAAUAUAUAUUUUAUAGUACAGAGAGCUACAGUGCCAACCAUUGAAAAAACUGUAUAUUUAUUGCACACAAAAAAGUGCACUGUUUCUGGAUUAAUUAUUUCAAAUUUGUACCUUAAUUAGGAUGAGCAAGAGUGCCUUUUCCAAAAUUGUGAAAAUUAUAGUCCCAGGGUCAGGGGUUCAGGUGUUAGGGCGGGGCCCUAUUGAUCAUUUAUUGAAAAUGAAUUAAUUCUUUGAGAAUCUUCUUCUCUGCUUCUGGGUAUUACAUAAACUAAGUCGAUAGUAAUGAUGACCAAGAGUGCCUCGGCCGUGCUGCUAAAAACUGAUUUUGAUGAAAUUGUAUUUUAUGAAACUUGGUUAACAAUAAAAAAAAUUAUUGAAUCUUCUUAUUUAAAAAAUCUUUUCAGUCGGUGCGAUUUAAUUGGGUCGGUAAACUCAGGUGACCUAUUGCUAACUGUUUUCCUCCGUCGUUGAACGUCGUCCGUUGUGCAUUAACAUUUGAACAUUUUCAGCUUCUUCUCUGCAACCACUGAACCAAUUUCAACCAAAUUUGACACAAAGUAUCUAUGGGUAAAGGGGAACAAAAAUUGUGAAUUUUACGAUCCCUGCCCCCCUGGGGCCUGAGGGGUGGCACCAAAACCACUAAAAUUAAUGCAAUCUUUAAAAAUCUUCUACUUUACUCCUGGACAUCAAGCAGUAAAACUGUUUGCAUGAUUGUAAUCAGCAAUGACUCCUCUAGACUACUAAAACUGUGAAAUUCAUGGCCCUGGGGUAAGGGGUUCUAGUGCUAGGGCAGGGCUAAAUAGCUUAAGUAGGUAGUGAAAAUGCAUUAUUUCUUUGAAAAUCUUGUUCUCUGCUCCUGGGUAUCAAAUAAACCAACUGAGUACAUAGUUAUGAUGAGCAAGAGUGCUUCUACCAAAAUUGUGAAUUUUUUAUAUGGCCCCAGGGUCGGGGGUUCUGGUGUUAGGGUGGGGCUCUAUUGAUUAUAUAGUGAAAAUACAUAAAUUCUUUGAAAAUCUUCUUCUCUGCUCCUGGGUAUUAAAUAGCUCCUGGGUAUUAAAUAAACUAACUAAGUACAUAGUUAUGAUGAGCAAGAGUGCCUCUACCAAAAUUGUGAAUUUUAUAGCCCAGGGUCAGGGGUUCUUGUUUUAGGGUGGAGCUCUGAGAACUAUAUAGUGAAAUGCAUGAAUUCUUUGAACAUCUUAUCCUUUGCUCCUGGUUAAUUUACUAAUGAUCUAAUUACAUAUUUAAGGCCAGGAUUUAUUUUAUUUUCAGUUUAACAAACCCUCUGCUCAAGGUUUCGAAUUUAAAAAAAAAAAAUUCUUCUCCAUGUCAAAUUUGAUUCGGGAGCGAGAUUUCAAAUUGACAAACUUGCACUUCCGGUUUUAAGAUGAAACGGUGGGUGAAUAAUUAAAGCUAGAUCUUACUGAAAAGAUAGCAUGGUUUAGUGUAAAAUUCGAUACGAGUGCCAUUCAAAACGUUUCACCUGUUCAAAGGACAAAUUAAAUACUGACGACUUUGCUGCACAAUGACAUGCUGGAUAAAAAUGGAGCAAUUCAGAAAAUUUUUAUUCUUGAAAACACAGACGUCAGAACUAAAUCGACGGGGGAAAUAUACGGAGUGACAGGAGUACUAGCGAAGUCGACAAACUAUAGUCAAAUUCAUGAUGUUUUCCUACCAGAAAAACUAAUUCAGAAAUUUAAGGAAUCUGUUCAGAAAUCCAUCAUCGUCAGAAAAUAUAGUCAAAAAGAAGAUGGUUUCAUCUCCCUCACAGAUUCCUCUACAAUAAUGGACACAACAGAUGACAUAAGUCAGGAGGACAUUACUAAGUUUCUAAACCCUGACAUUGUCGAUAUUGCGACAAUCAAGACUAAGAAGAGGAAUGAGAGGGUAUCCCUCCAAGGAAUUGUGGAAAAGUCGACGAGAAUCAUUGAGACCCCACAGUCAUCUCGAAAGAUUUAUACAAUAGCUGAUACUUCGGGUAACAUUGAUGUCAAAUUCUGGGGGGACAAGACGUCCCUUGGUCCCUUUCAGGAUGGCACCAAUAUUAAGAUAACAGCAUUAAAAGUUGAUCAAUACGGAGGACGAUGUUCUCUGAAUUCCACACCCUCCACAGCUGUUCAGAUCAAUGAAGACUACGAUAGUUUGCAAGGGGAUGUACAAUAUUUCAUUUAUUUUACUAAUGUGUCAAUUCAGUUUCAGAUGAUUGAUUGA